CAGGAGCCAGCAGAGCCCGGCCAGCAUGGAGAGGAGACGGGUCACUUCAGCUGCUCGCCGCUCCUACGUCUCCUCCUCGGACGUGGUGGGGGGAAGCCUGGUCUCCGGCCGCCGCCUGGGGCCAGGCCCCCGCCUCUCCCUGGCCAGGAUGCCGCUUCCACUGCCGGCCCGGGUGGACUUCUCCCUGGCCGGGGCACUCAACACCGGCUUCAAGGAGACCCGGGCCAGUGAGCGGGCUGAGAUGAUGGAGCUCAACGACCGCUUUGCCAGCUACAUCGAGAAGGUGCGCUUCCUGGAACAGCAGAACAAGGCGCUGGCCGCGGAGCUGAACCAGCUGCGGGCCAAGGAGCCCACCAAGCUGGCCGAUGUCUACCAGGCUGAGCUGCGUGAACUAAGGCUGCGGCUCGACCAGCUCACUGCUGGCAGCGCCCGGCUCGAGGUCGAGAGAGACAAUCUGGCACAGGACCUGGGCACCCUGAGGCAGAAGCUCCAGGAUGAAACCAACCUGAGGCUGGAGGCUGAGAACAACCUGGCCACCUAUCGACAGGAGGCAGAUGAAGCCACCUUAGCCCGUCUGGAUCUGGAGAGGAAGAUUGAGUCUCUCGAGGAGGAAAUCCGAUUUUUGAGGAAGAUCCAUGAGGAGGAGGUGCAGGAGCUCCAGGAGCAGCUGGCCCGGCAGCAGGUCCAUGUGGAGCUGGAUGUGGCCAAGCCAGACCUCACGGCAGCCUUGAGAGAGAUCCGCACGCAAUACGAGGCCAUGGCGUCCAGCAACAUGCAUGAGGCCGAGGAGUGGUACCGGUCCAAGUUUGCGGACCUGAACGAUGCCGCUGCCCGCAACGCCGAGCUGCUCCGCCAGGCCAAGCAUGAGGCCAACGACUACCGGCGCCAGCUGCAGACCUUGACCUGCGACCUGGAGUCCUUGCGCGGCACGAACGAGUCCCUGGAGAGGCAGAUGCGGGAGCAGGAGGAGCGCCACGCGCGGGAGGCGGCGAGUUACCAGGAGGCGCUGGCCCGGCUGGAGGAGGAGGGGCAGAGCCUCAAAGACGAGAUGGCCCGCCAUCUGCAGGAGUACCAGGACUUGUUGAACGUCAAGCUGGCCCUGGACAUCGAGAUCGCCACCUACAGGAAGCUGCUGGAGGGCGAGGAGAACCGUAUCACCAUUCCCGUGCAGACCUUCUCCAACCUGCAGAUCCGAGGGGGCAAAAGCACCAAAGAAGGGGAAAGUCACAAGGUCACAAGACAUCUCAAAAGCCUCACAGUACAAGUUAUACCAAUACAGGCUCACCAGAUUGUAAAUGGAGCCCCGCCGGCUCUCGAAACCAGCCUGGACACCAAGUCCGUGUCAGAAGGCCACCUCAAGAGGAACAUCGUGGUAAAGACCGUGGAGAUGCGGGAUGGAGAGGUCAUUAAGGAGUCCAAGCAAGAGCACAAGGACGUGAUGUGAGGCAGGACCCACCUGGUGGCCCCUGUCCCACAGUGUGAGGGGCCUGAGCGGUGGGAUUGUUGCCCCUCCUCUGAGAGCUGACUUCCCCAGACCCAAGUUCCCACUCAUCCCGCCUGCUCUCCUCGUCCCGCCAGCCUCUACACCAGCUUGCUGCCCUAGGCUCUGUGGGUACUAGACCUGGCAGAUAGCACCCACCCUACACCCAGUAACUCCCAACUAACAAGGCACUCACCCCAAAGGGGCUGCCUGGAGGGGCAUGGCCAGCAGCUUGGGUUAGAACUGGGAGGAAGGAGAGAAGUUGGGGAGGGCCUGGGACCCAAUAAAUCGCCCUCGAUAUCCCUAAUCCCUGUUGUCAUGGCAACUGUUGCCAGAGCCGUGGUCCCUGGGGGUAACUGGGAAGUGGGCCUUAGAGUUUCCUCAGGCUGCUGGAGGAAAACCGAGACUCUGAGACAGGAAAGGGAACUCCCCACAGGCAAGAUAGCCCUGGCCAGAGGUUUCUUCGUCUAGACCGACCCUGAACAGUCUUGAGAGUGGGUGGGGACAUCUGCCACUUGGAGUAGUCCCCAGACAGAAUGCCUGGCCUGCCCGGAUCCCAGAGGGGCCUCCUGAGCAACAAUUCAAGUGUCUCAGUCCCACUGAGCUGACAUGUGGGCGCGCUGUGGGCUUGCCACAGGCAUGUGGGAGCCUGAUUCUCAGCACUUGGGGGAUCUAUAGUGUAAGUGGAGAGGGAAGGGGUGCUGGGAAGGAGUAGAGGGGGGCUGCCUGGCCCCUAGGUUGGAUACAGAGAGGUCAAGCCCAGGAGUCCUCCCUCCGUACGGCUGGAGGGGAGGCAGGUGGAGCUGGUGGAGGCAGCGGCUGGGAUGAUGCUAGACGGCAGAGCUGGAGGUUGGGGGCAACCGGGUACACCUGGCCACUGGUUCGUGGGAAUCAAGGAAGUGACUCACCCUCUCGAAGUUGCUGAAACAGGAGAGAGGGGCUGCUGUCCCCAGGGGCAGGGCACGCUUUGUCCCAAUUCUAAAGGCCCCUUCCUUGCUGCACAGUCCCUCCACCCAGGCCUCUGUGCCACUGUAGUUGCUGCCUGGCGACCCCAGCAAACACGGCUAGGUGAAGCCACCACCAUACAUCUGACACAUCCCACCCUACGGUGACCUGCUGCUUUUCCCUAACCAAGGGCCCUUGUGGUUCCCCUCUUACUCAUAUACAAAAUGUACCCUCAUAUUGUAGGUAGUACUCUAUCAUUCGGGAAAUAGAGGCACGAGCAGAGUGAAGGCUCUGGUUUGUGCUCUGCUUUCCAUGGGAAGACUGUGGGGGGCAGGCACGGGACUAGCCGUGCCCAGAAGUAGGGCUGAAAGGGCCCGCUCCAGGGUCCCUCUCGCCCCUCUAAGGCCAGAGAAGUGAGAGUCCCUCCCUCUCUCCAAGACCUGGUGCCCUUUCCCCCACUCCCUCCUGCCACCCACUGCUGCUAACCUCCAGGGCACCACCACAGCCUUUACUAAGGUAAAUAAAGAUGAUUGCGCGGCC